AUGAAUUCUUUACCUUGCCCAACUAUCAAGUUAUUUGAUUUCAUUAGUGACUUUCUAGAGAACAUCUUGCAAGAGAGCUCUUCAGGCGUUAAACUGGUUGUUUGCUGGAGCAAAGAAAAGUUCCUUCAGCAACUCUGCCUCUCAAUUCAGCAGCAGUCUCACGCGCAUCUGCCUGAGUUGGAAGCUGGGGGGGAUGGAGCUGAGAAUUCCGCCUCACCUUUCUGUCGCACUCUUCUUUCAAACACAAUUGACAUAAUUGACAAAUCCCAGAAGAUUACAUUGUCAUUUUGUCCAACUCUGGAGAGUUUUCGAGCGUUUUUAGGAACAUAUACUACAUGCCCAAGAUCAACAACGGAAUCUGACCAAAGUGAACUCCGUAACAGGCCCCCAGUGCUCGCCAUCGUUGGCCUUGCCGCUCUACAUCUCAAUACCUGUGAAUUCUCAGCCCAGGGGAUAUCAAGAAGCCUUGCCCUGGUUGUCGAGACCGCUGCGAGGGAGAGGCUAAGGCUAGUCUUGUGCGAGUGUCAGGAUAUGACAGAAAAUGGGGACAUUGUGUCUUCGGGCAGUAUCUGGAAUACCAGAGUCCCAGUAUUGAAUAUCGCAGAUAAAAUGAAGCGACACGAAGUAGCGGCAGGUCAAACUGUGGAAAUAAAGAUGGUGGUACGGAAAUGGUUCCGCUUUGACACAACAGAAGCAGAAGAAUUGGUCAUGCUAAAUGUAUAA